CUAAUACUCUCGACGUACCAAGCUGCAGCAUGCAUAAGCUAAGAUUUUUGUUGUUUCUAAUUAUGAUAUUCGUAUCUUCUCCUAUGUGGACGCUAAAGCCAAUGGCAAAAGGUUUGCCUCACGCGCCAAACCUCGUGGUCGGGAACGGACCGGGAAACAUCCCGACCAUUGCAGAGGCCAUCGCUAUGGCGGUCCAAAGCAGGGUCCAGCGUCGGAGGUUUGUUAUAAAAAUAACAGCAGGAGUUUACAAUGAGAAUAUUAUCAUUGACGACGAUCUCCCACGUCUCACUCUACUCGGAGACGGAAAGGGACGGACUAUUAUCACUGGCCAACGAAGUGUUGGUGCCAGUGGCGGUUCUACUUUUGACACCGCAACCGUUGGUGUUGACGCAGUUGGGUUUAUAGCCCACGGCAUAACAUUCAGAAACACUGCCGGUCCGGACAAUGGGCAGGCCGUGGCACUGCGGGUGAGCGGCGACCGGGCCGUGUUCUAUGACUGCUCAAUCGAAGGCUACCAAGACACCCUCUACGUCUUCGAAGGGCGACAAUUCUACAAAAACUGCGACAUCUACGGCACCGUCGACUUCAUCUUCGGAAACGCAAAAGCCAUCUUCCAGGACUGCAACAUCUUGGGCCGAAUGUCAACCCACAGCGAGGCCGUCGUGAUCACGGCAUCGAAGCGCGACACUCCGACGGAAGACACUGGGAUCGUGAUCCAUGGCUCACGCAUAUCAAUCGAACCGGGGACAG